GCCGGGAAGAAGAUGUCUGUGCUUAAGCGGAUGAUGCGGGUCUCCAAUCGCUCGCUCCUCGCCUUCAUCUUCUUUUUCUCGCUCUCCACGUCCUGUCUCUACUUCAUCUAUGUGGCUCCGGGCAUUGCCAACACAUAUCUCUUUAUGGUACAAGCUCGAGGAAUAAUGUUGAGAGAAAAUGUGAAAACAAUAGGACAUAUGAUCAGAUUGUAUACAAAUAAGAAUACUACACUCAAUGGUACAGAUUACCCUGAAGGCAGUAAUUCAAGUGAUUAUCUUGUUCAAACAACAACAUAUCUUCCGGAAAACUUCACAUAUUCACCAUAUCUCCCUUGCCCAGAAAAACUGCCUUACAUGAGGGGAUUCCUCAAUGUCAAUGUGAGUGAAAUCAGUUUUGAUGAAAUUCAUCACCUUUUCUCCAAGGAUUUAGAUAUUGAACCAGGAGGUCACUGGAGGCCAAAAGAUUGCAAACCCAGGUGGAAGGUGGCUGUUCUUAUUCCUUUCCGUAACCGCCAUGAACAUCUCCCAAUCUUCUUCUUGCAUCUGAUUCCAAUGCUUCAGAAACAGAGGCUAGAAUUUGCCUUCUAUGUCAUUGAACAGACUGGCACGCAGCCUUUUAACCGUGCAAUGCUUUUCAACGUGGGCUUCAAAGAGGCCAUGAAAGACAGCGUGUGGGACUGUGUGAUCUUCCAUGAUGUGGAUCAUCUGCCAGAAAAUGACCGAAACUAUUAUGGAUGUGGAGAAAUGCCUCGUCACUUUGCAGCAAAGCUGGAUAAAUACAUGUAUAUUCUUCCAUAUAAGGAGUUUUUUGGUGGUGUGAGUGGACUGACAGUGGAACAAUUUACAAAGAUCAAUGGCUUUCCUAAUGCCUUCUGGGGAUGGGGAGGAGAAGAUGAUGACCUUUGGAACAGAGUUCACUAUGCUGGAUAUAAUGUAACAAGACCAGAAGGAGAUUUGGGAAAAUACAAGUCUAUUCCUCACCAUCAUCGAGGUGAAGUUCAGUUUUUAGGACGGUAUAAAUUACUACGAUACUCCAAAGAGCGUCAGUACAUCGAUGGAUUGAACAAUUUAAUAUAUACUCCCCAAAUACUGGUUGAUAGGUUGUAUACAAAUAUAUCUGUAAACCUCACACCAGAGUUAGCUCCAAUCGAAGACUAUUAAAAGAAGUAGCUCUCAUGCUAAGAUAGCCCACAGUGCUGGAUGAUAUGUGUAGAGUGCUGCUAAUGGUGAUGAUGAAUUCAAGUGUCUCACGAUGCCCUGUGCUGUGAGAAGAUGAAACAGCAGUCCUCACUGCUUACAGUGUGUGGGAUUCGAGAACCAUCCUCCUUCCUCCCAUCAUUCUCUGCUCUGACAUUCCCCCAUCCAUGGCAGCACUGAAGAUGCCAGAUAUCAUUGCUGAAGAGUGGAAAUUAAGAGAGCUCCCAACAACAAAAAUUUUAUACUAAAAUCUAUAAUUUAAUUGAAGAGAAUGCUUUAUUUCCAUUUAAAUAUAUUUUGUACAUAUGUGAUAUAAAUCAAUCUGUUCAAACUGUUGAAAAAUAAGGUGUGUUACAGUUUUGCAUGUCAUUGGUUAUGCCUUUAUUAAACUUUUCUAGAUUUGUUUUUAUUUGCACGGAAAAAAUGUAAAUUUAUGUCCCUAAACAAAGGUUAAUCCUUGUGUGAAAUGAAGGAACUGUCAAUAAUUGACAGCCAACUAAUCCAGUAAACUGUUAUACUAGUUUUGAGCUUUAGACCAUCAGUCUUCUGUAUGGAAGAAGUCAUAACUAUUAGGGAUUUAAAAGGUAAGAAGAAAGGACUGCAACAGCUUUUCUUCCUUACUAGGAUUACCUUUUUUCCUUGCUUGCAAUUUCAUCUGAUUUUGCUAAAUCACAACCAUAUUCUUUAUGCAUAUUGCAUGAGUAUUACCAGGAAAAUCUUAAAAGUUGUGAUGUGACAUGAUAAAAAGGACCUCUUUAUGUUAAAUGUCUUUCAUGUACCUCUGGUGUGUCAGGGAUUUUAUGCCUCAGAAGAUAUUCCCAAGGUUGUAUGUGUUUGUACUUUGUUUGUUUGUUUGUUUGUUUGGUUUUUUUGUAUUGCAAAUAGCACUUUUAUUUCCAAUUCAAAAGCUAAAAAUGAGUCUUCAUUAAAAAAAAACCACUUUUUAAAAAGUGAGCUAUGGAUAACCCAGUAAUACUUAUUCAAACGAAUUACACUAUUAGAUAAAUGUUCUAUUUUUAUGAAGAUAAGUGCUUAGUAGAUAAAAACAAACUUUCUCAGCUUCAAAGAAUAUCAAGUUUUUAAGGGAGUUUUUAAUGUCAGCUAGUUUCAUUCACACAGUAUGUUUUCAUUUUCAAGAUGUAAGAUUCUGGUAAAAUAUUUUAAGUACUAAAAUAUCCUUACUAAAAGCAUAAGUUAAUAGAAUAACCUUAAAAUGCAUAGUAAUUUAUUGAAAAACAUUAAUAUUAUGACACUUCCCUGAAAGCAGGUCUUACCACCUGACAUUAAAUAUAUUAUCGUAAAUUUGCACAAAUUUAUUCAUGGCAACACCAAGCAAUAUCUUUCCUUUGAAAAUGAUCUGUUAUAGUUAACCAAAGAUUAUUUAAAAGAUUGAUAUUUUCACAAAUUUAAAAGAAAAGCAUAUACUUAAUAAAGUGAACCUUCAACAGUGAGAAGCAGCAGAAACUUGCAGUGAGCAACACCAUCACUACGUUCACCUAGUGAACCACUUACCUAAAACAGAAAUAUACACCUCAGGUUGCAAGUUUGAUUUUGAGAUGUCAUUUUAUGGGAGUAUUAAUAACCUAAAAGAUCACAAACCAAAUCAUAAAAUAAUGAAAAUUCUUAUACAUUGAGAAAAUGAAUACUUAUGAUGCCAAAUAGAAUUUUUUCUCUUUCACCUGAUUCUUAGAAGUAUUUUGUAAACACUUUUCUUUCUCUCACAACUAUUUUAAUUUUUUGUUGCUACUUAAAAUAUUUGUAAAAAUUGCUAUCUGUUCAUUUCCUGUCUCUUGUAUCCAGUGUAGUGAAAGUAAAUGGACUGAGAAAAUUAACAUUGGUUGAUCGCUAACCAAACCAGUAAGGCCACAGAACACAAUCUGACAGUGUUUAGAUAACUUAGUUGCGGGGAAUUUUGAGCUGUUUUUGAGUCUUAUUAGAUACUUCAUUUUUUCUUUCAUGUGGAGCUGCCCAAACAUGGGAACCUUUUUAUUUUGAUAAAGUUUUUCUACAUUCAGGAGAGUUUAGUACUGAUAACAUCUGCCUUAUUUUCUUGUAUAAAGUCCAGUGGAAACUGUUGUUUUCAGAGCUGCCCAUGAAUCUUUUCAUUUUCUCAGUGUGGUGUAUCAUCCUGUGAAAACCUCAAACUGUUUUUUUUUCUUUUUUGCUUUGUUUUACUUUUUAAAUGCAUAUAUCUAAAAUUGCUAGUUGCCUACAAAAAGUUUGUAGGCAAACUACCUGCCUAAAGGCAGACAGUCAUGUUUCCAUAUCAGGUACCAGAAUUUGCCUAGUUAUCUUCAUUGUAGGAAGAGAAAUUUAUUCCAUAUGAAAAAGUCCCUCGCAAAUGCAAGCUUUUAAAAACAAUUGUUUAUUUCAUUUAUUAGUGAACAUAUAUUGUCUAGUAUGUCAGAUGUGAUGCUAUCAAUGCCUGUGGAAAAAAUUAUUAUUUCUGCACAAAUUAAUCAAGCAAGUUGAGACAACCUCUGAUAACUGUAUCUCUUGUAUUUUUUAGUCUGAAAAUGAAGAAGCAUAUCUAUAGAUAGAUAGCUAGAUAGAUUAAUACUGUAAUUACAAAGUCCAAGGUCCUCUGGUACUACUGAGCUAGUUAUACGAUGCCUUUCAACUGGAUAAAAUAGUAAUGAUUAACAGGCCUGACUGUAGAAAAAAGAAAAGGGAAAAGUACACACAUUAUUGUAACAGUGUCUUCAAUGAAUACCAUAUGAAGCUAAUCAUUUAAAUCUUUGCCCAAAAUGGGGAUUAAUGAAUGUUUUUAUUCUAAAUUUCAAUUUCUGUUUGUAUUUUGUGAAAAUGUGUCUAGUAAGAAAGUCUUACAAUAUUAUGUAAAACACAAAGCUAUGUAUUAAAAACCUAUACUGCUUCCCAAGAAAACAUAUUGAUGUCUGUUUUUAAACAAAAUGGAAAAAUACUGAGAAAAUACUGAGUAUAUUAUAUUCCUUCUUUUGGAAGUGCCACACAAGUGAAAGCAGAUUUUUUGCAUCGUUUUAUUUGCCUUUGCAUCUCUGUUACAGUUCUUUAUAGACUUUUUAGAUGAUACUGAUGUUAUGGGUUUAUUGUUUUGUAUUUGCAAGGAUGACAGUUGAGAGAACUAAAAUGGUUAUAGUGUUGUUUACCAGAAAGAGUUUACUCCAGACCUUAUUAAAACCUGAAAGGCUUCUACGUAAGUGCAUUGAAAUUCUGGUACUUUCUUGUACUCUUUUUUUUUUUUUUUUUUGCUUCUCAUGGAAAAGUUUGUACUUUUUUAUCAUUGUCUUUUAUGAAAUAUAAUGCUCUAAAUAUA